AUGGCGAUAGAUCAAAGACCGGUAAACGAUAACGCCGGCACGGCAGAGACAUUCAGCAGUGACGCGACGGAGACAACUCCCUUACUCAUUGCCGGCGACCUCGCUCCAACGGCCGAUCCAGACAUCUCCAAGGCGACGACGCUCAACGAGCCUUCUCAAGAGGAUGACGCCUUGGACGAGAAGCCAUUGCCGCUAUGGCAAGUCUUUUGGAUCUGCUACGCUCGAGUCGUGGAACCAAUGGCCUUCUUCUGCAUCUUUCCGUACAUCAGCCAAAUGGUCCAGGAGAAUGGCAACCUCGCCAAUACGGACGUCGGCUUCUACACCGGUCUCAUCGAGUCACUCUUCUCCUUGACGCAGGCCUUCGUCAUGAUCUUUUGGGGCAGGCUAUCCGACCGAAUUGGCCGCAAGCCCGUCCUCGUCUUCUCCCUCUUCGGUGUUACCCUCGCUGCCUCCAUCUUCGGCAUGGCAAAGACCAUCUGGCAGAUGAUCCUCUUCCGAUGCCUGGCAGGCGUCUUUGGAGGAAGCAUUGUCACGAUGCGCACCAUGAUUGCCGAGCAUUCCACUCAGAAGACCCAAGCCAGGGCUUUCAGCUGGUUUUCUCUGAGCGGCAACCUUGGGCUUUUCUUCGGGCCUAUUCUCGGCGGCGCCCUCGCCGAUCCGGCGCAUCAGUACCCGGGCGUUUUUACGGGCCAAUUCUUCCUCGACUACCCUUACGCAUUAUCCAGCUUCUGCGUUGGCUUCAUCGGCUUGACGGCGACCAUUUCUACCAUCCUGUUCGUUGAGGAAACGCUUGUCAACGAGAAGCACAGCGACAAUGACGACACAGCGGCACCGCCAAAGAAGGACAGAGGCUCCAUCAAGGAGAUCAUCAGAUCCCCAGGCGCCGCAAACGUACUGAUCGUAUACGGGUACCUCAUGCUCCUCGUCUUGUCCUACACAGCCAUCGUGCCCGUCUUCUGGUAUACCCCAGUCCAGCUUGGCGGAUUCGGCUUCACUCCCCUGCAGAUCUUGAUUAUGAUGUCCGUCAGCGGCAUCGCCCAGGUCCUGUGGCUUGUCGUCAUCUUCCCGCCGCUGCAGCAUCGCAUAGGCACCAACGGUGUGCUGCGCGCCUGCGCCUAUGCUUACCCUUGGUUCUACGUCUUGUGCCCUCUCAGCAACAUCUUCCUCAAAGCCGGCGUGCAUAACCCAGCCAUGGUGACAUUCUUCUGGGUCUUUACGCCCACUGCUCUCAUCAUUGGCUCCGGCGUGAGCAUGAGUUUCACUGCCAUUCAGCUGGCGCUGAAUGACAUCUCGCCCAGCCCCCGCGUUCUCGGAACGCUCAACGCUUUGGCGCUUACCGCAUCGAGCGCCAUCAGGGCCUUUUGUCCGGCCUUGUUCACAAGUCUGUAUGCCGUUGGUGCCAGAACCCAGGCUCUCGGCGGUUACGCAAUCUGGGUGUUGAUGGUUGGGCUUGCGGCCGGGCUGAUAUUCGCUGUGAGAAACCUCUAUGAGCCGGAGGACUUGAAAAAGGCCAGGGAACAAGAACAUGCCGUGUCAUCUUAG